AUGCUGAACAAGGUCUGGGGGAAGUCGGAUGAGGAGAUGCAGGAGCUUACCGACCUGGAGGACGGUCUGAGAGUGUUUUUUGCCAAGCACAAAGAAGUGCGGCAGCAUCCGCCGGCCGCCGCCCACCAAUCACCGCAGGUGCCCGCCCAGAGCCGCGCCAAUCACCAAGCUCGCCUGCAAGCCACGCUCCCGCUCGACCCUGCCAGGACCACGCGCGCCUCGCGCUUGCGCAGCUCCAUUGCUCCAGGCCUCCACCAGCGCCUCCUUGCUGCGUGCGCAGCACCACCGGCCCGCAAGCCACUACCACCGGCCCACGCCCAGGUCGAGCACGCCCGCACCAGCUGCACCACCGCCCGCCUGGCCCCUGCCCAGCUCCACCACAGCACGCCGCCCAGGCCACCAGCGCCCACGCCGCACCGCCCAACUCGCCCCCAGGCUCCCGCUCAGCCAAGCCAAGCGCAGACCGGCCGACCGGGCGGCACACCGGGCCACCCGGUUGAAACCGGAGCACAGACCGGUGCCAUCCGGCGCAAUCCAGGGGCUCCAUCCGGUCCGGGGCCCGGUCUGGACCGGGCGCGCCAGUCCCAGAUCCGGUUUGACCGGGUUCUGGACCGAACUGGGAAGAACAGCUUCUUCUCUGAGGGUCAACGCCCGCACGCCCCAUCCACCUGCGCCUCAAUCCGCUCUCCUCGCUGGCCCACCACUGCGCCGCCGCAUCGGCCCAACAGCGCCGCCCGCACCCGCCUCUCGGCCCCCGGCCUCGCUCCCGCUGCCGCACCUCACCGAGCGCCCGCCCUCCACGACCUCCUCGGCCGCUCCACCCUGCCGCUGCUCUCCAACAGGGCCACGAGCCCCGACCACCACACCGCCCUGCUCCGCCCUCGGGCCCGGCCGCCGCUGGCCACGCCCCUCACCAGGCCGCGCGCGCAGCCAGUGCCCAACGCACUCCCGCUCCCGACCGGCCCCGCCACCACGCCGCAUCGCACGCAGCAGCAGCAGAGCACUCGCCCGCCCGCCCGCAUCGCUCGGCCGCACCUCCACCACGCGCGCGUUUCCGCUCCAGGCCCGGCAUCCGCUCACACGCCAGCGCACUUCCGGUCGGACCGAAGCCCAACUUCCGACCGCUCGUUUUGA